AUGGCUAAUAUCAACCGCGCACCGAAACAGUGGUGCCUGACCAAGCACGAGACUCUGAACUCAUUCGAAAACUGGAAACAAAACCUACUGUACACACUCUCACUGGAUCCGGUGUUCGCUCCUUUCCUCAUCGAUGGCACAGCAUGGGGUAAGAAGAGCCGUGAUACCCCUCUCAGAGGAUUUCAGGACGAUGAUGAAACAGACGCCUCCACAGAACAGACAAUCUCCUCAUCUGCAGGCAGUAGAACGGAACUAGUGCAGGAAGAAGAUGAAAAGUUAGACAUGAUUCCAGUCGUCAGCUCUGAUCCACAUCCGGUCACGUUUUUGAGAUUAUCAGUGCAAUUGGUUGACUGUUGUGCAACACAAGGUCAUCAAAGAACAACCAGCAAGAAAAAUGAAACUGGAGAAAAUGCCAAUAAUGUAGGGAUAGCAGGAAAGGCAUCAGAAUGGCCAUUGUCUGCAGUCCCCAACUUCACAGCCGUCCCAGAGACAGAGGUGGAUAAUGGUAGGCCAUACAAGUCUCCUGCCUGUGAAGAGGAUUUCUCCAGCAAGUCAGCAAUGGAAAAGCACCAGCAGGACAUUCACACAGGAGAGAAGCCUCAUCUCGAACAAGACCAGCACACACACAAAGGAAAAACGCCCCACCACAAACAUCAUGGCAAACGUGUUACAAAGACAAAUGCUCUGUCCGCACAGACACUCACUGACACAGGAGACAAGCGUCACCACUGUGACCAAUGUGAACAGAGUUUCUCACGAGCACGAACCCUCAGGAGACACAAGUUCAUCCAUACAGGAGAGAAACCUCACAAAUGUACUGAAUGCAGCAAAUCGUUUAGACAAUUUGAAGGUCUCAUAGAGCACAUGCGCAUUCACACAGGCGAGAAGCUCCACCACUGUGUAGAAUGUGGCAAAAAUUUCACACAAGCAAACAACCUCGCCAAGCACAAGCUCAUCCACACAGGAGAGAAGCCCUACAAAUGUACUGAAUGCAGCAAAUGUUUUAGAGAUUCUGGAACUCUCAAAAAGCACCAGUGCAUCCACACAGGAGAGAAGCUCCACCACUGUGUAGAAUGUGGCAAGAAUUUCACACAAGCAGUCAGCCUCGCCAGGCACAAGCUCAUCCACACAGGAGAGAAGCCGUACUGCUGUGACCAAUGUGAGAAGAGUUUCAGACAGGCGAGCUCCCUCAGUAGGCACAUGCUUGUCCACACAGGAGAGAGGCCCUUUCAAUGUACAGAAUGCAGUAGAUCUUUUAGCCGAGUGGGACGUCUCAAAAAACACCAGCAGCGCUUUCACACAAGGAGCCAUCUUCACGAAGUCAAUGAAUGUCGGUGAUCUUUUCUCAUUUGGGGCAACCAAGAACCCACCUUUGCUCUCACACAUGACGCAAGCCCACCCAACUGCAACUGUUAACAGUGUGUCAAACGUUUUGUAAGUGUGUGACAUCUCAUCACACACAUAUAUCCACAUUCACACAUCCAUAUUCAUGCACGCAUGUUAACACUUCAGAAGAACUAGACCAACCCACCAGGCAACAUUUUUUUCUGAUUAAUCUAGUUCAGUGGUUCUUAACCUGGGGUACGGCUACCCCCUGGGGGUCCGCCAGAGAUUUCAGGGGGUGCGCGGAAUUUUGAUUGUGUGAGGUUGUGACCAAAAUUCUGCAAACAAACAUUAUAAUCAGGCCCUCAUGCAAAGUAAUUAAUCACUUAAAUCAUUUUUUAGUGAGUAUUGAAGUAUUGGUUGGGGAUGCGCAGCUUGUCUUGAGCGCAGGUAAGGGGGUGCUUCAAGAAAAAAAGGUUAAGAACCACUGAUCUAGUUGACCAGGCAACUGUUUUAAAGUUCUGUUCUUAUAAAUAACUUGUAAAUUCAUGUGUGUAAAGUUAUUGAAAUAAUUUAUUGAAUAUUUAGUGAAAUGAAAUGUAUGUAUACUGCUGACUGAUAAUUUUCUUAUUCAUUCUCAAUUCUUUGUUUCAUUAUUUUGCCAGUUAUUCUGGGUUUAGAGAAUGGAAAGGUUUAUUAAAUGUGAGAGGUUUAUUAAAUGUCAAAGUGAAGAAGAAGGAAAAAAUUGUGCGUCGGUGUCCAU